UAAAGUUAAAUUCGAAGAUAAAUUUAGUAAAAAGGUCAGUGUUAGCAUUAUAUCAUAUUAAACAAUAAACGAAUUAGUAAAUAUUGUAACACAUAUAUUAUUAUACACUUAGACUUCCCAAUUUUUAAGAACUUAUCACCAGUUUGUUUAUUAUAACCUACAAACUCCAAACAUGUUUGAAGAAACAAAUUUAAACAAAACAAUUAAAACGGAACCGAUCGAUGAUUAUCCUCAAGUGAAGCAGGAAUUUGAUGAUUAUGAAAAUACAUCCGAUUUGUAUACGGAUAAUGAUGAUAUAUGUCUGCAGCAAUUUCUAAAAUCUGAGGUUACAAUUGACGGGGAAAUAAAACAAGAGACGAUUGAUGACCAAUAUGACGUGACUAGUACAAACAAAACUGUAUUAGAUGAAAAUUCUUCCCUAUGUAACGAAGAGAUCAGUGAAUCAAGUACGAUAGUCGAUAGUACAAACAAAACAUUUGACAAAGUUUCAGGAAAAGAUAAGACAACUAGUAAGUUGAAAUACAAAUGUAAAUCAUGCAGUAAAACAUUUGUAGAAAAAGGUAACUUAAAAAAACAUGAAAGGAUCCAUACUGGAGAGCGGCCUUAUGAGUGCAAAAUAUGCAAUAAAAGAUUUUCACAGUCAAGUAAUUUAAGACAGCAUUUAUCAGUGCAUACAGGUGAACGUCCUUACGCAUGUGAAAUAUGUAAUAAAACAUUCAGAAUGAAAAAAAUGUUAAAACAACAUAAAGCCGUCCAUUCUGGAGAACGCCGUAAUGAGUGCAAAAUAUGCAAUAAAACAUUUAAAAGAAAAAAUAAUUUAAAACAACAUGAAAUGAUUCACACUGAAGAAAGGCCUCAUGAGUGCAACAUAUGCAAUAAAAGAUUUUCACGGCCAAGUAUUUUAAGAGAGCAUUUAUCAGUGCAUACUGAAGAACGACCUUACGCAUGUGAAAUAUGUAAUAAAACAUUCAGAACAAAACCUAUAUUAAUGCAACAUAAAACAGUACAUACUGGAGAACGCUGUAAUGAGUGCAAAAUAUGCAAUAAAACAUUUUCAAAUAUAGGUAAUUUAAUAGCACAUUUAUCAGUGCAUAGUGAAGAACGACCUUAUGAAUGUGAGACAUGCAAUAAAACAUUUAAAAGAAAAAAUAAUUUAAAACAACAUGAAAUGAUUCACACUGAAGAAAGGCCUCAUGAGUGCAACAUAUGCAAUAAAAGAUUUUCACGGCCAAGUAUUUUAAGAGAGCAUUUAUCAGUGCAUACUGAAGAACGACCUUACGCAUGUGAAAUAUGUAAUAAAACAUUUAGAACAAAACCUAUAUUAAUGCAACAUAAAACAGUACAUACUGGAGAACGCUGUAAUGAGUGCAAAAUAUGCAAUAAAACAUUUUCAAAUAUAGGUAAUUUAGUAACACAUUUAUCAGUGCAUAGUGAAGAACGACCUUAUGAAUGUGAGACAUGCAAUAAAACAUUCAAAACAAAAAAUAAUUUAAAACAACAUGAAAUCAUUCACACUGAAGAAAGGCCUCAUGAGUGCAACAUAUGCAAUAAAAGAUUUUCACGGCCAAGUAUUUUAAGAGAGCAUUUAUCAGUGCAUACUGAAGAACGACCUUACGCAAGUGAAAUAUGUAAUAAAACAUUUAGAACAAAACCUAUAUUAAUGCAACAUAAAACAGUACAUACUGGAGAACGCUGUAAUGAGUGCAAAAUAUGCAAUAAAACAUUUUCAAAUAUAGGUAAUUUAGUAACACAUUUAUCAGUGCAUAGUGAAGAACGACCUUAUGAAUGUGAGACAUGCAAUAAAACAUUCAAAACAAAAAAUAAUUUAAAACAACAUGAAAUCAGUCACACUGAAGAAAGGCCUCAUGAGUGCAACAUAUGCAAUAAAAGAUUUUUACGGUCGAGUAUUUUAAGAGAGCAUUUAUCAGUGCAUACUGAAGAACGACCUUAUGCAUGUGAAAUAUGUAAUAAAACAUUCAGAACAAAACCUAUAUUAAUGCAACAUAAAACAGUACAUACUGGAGAACGACCAUAUGAGUGCAAAAUAUGCAAUAAAACAUUUUCACAUUCAGGUAAUUUAAUAACGCAUUUAUCAGUGCAUAGUGAAGAACGACCUUAUCUAUGUGACAUAUGCAAUAAAACGUUCAAAACAAAACCUAUAUUAAUGCGACAUGAAAGAAAACAUACUAGAGAACAAACUGGAAUUAAAAAGUCAACUGUUGAAUCAGUCUAG